GAAACCCGUACGUAGCAUGACGAGGAUGUAAAUUCGAUGAAAAUCGAUGAACGAGAUCAGAUGGGUUCGAGAGAGGAGAAGGAGGAGAGAAGAGUUGGAGAGAAAAAAUGUAGUGUUGCAGUUAUUUUUCGAUAUGCUGAUUGGGUUGAUGUUUUGCUCAUGUUUUUGGGCACCAUUGGAGCAAUUGGGGAUGGAAUGUCCACCAAUUGUUUGCUGGUUUUUGCCAGUAGUCUUAUGAACAGUUUGGGGAAUGGUCAAAUUCAACAAAAUUUCAUGCAUAAUGUGGAGAAGUGCAGCUUAUACUUUGUUUACUUGGGGCUAGCAGUCAUGGUCGUGGCUUUUAUGGAAGGAUACUGUUGGAGUAAAACAAGUGAAAGACAAGUGUUGAGGAUUCGACACAAAUAUCUAGAAGCAGUUCUCCGACAAGAAGUAGGGUUUUUCGACUCACAAGAAGCAACAACUUCAGAGGUGGUGAACAGUAUAUCAAAAGACACAUCUCUAAUACAAGAAGUUCUGAGCGAAAAGGUUCCGUUAUUUCUGAUGAAUUCAUCGGUAUUCCUAUCGGGGGUCGGGUUCUCGGCCUACUUCUCAUGGAGAUUAGCAGCAGUAGCCUUCCCAACGCUGCUGUUGCUGGUGAUUCCGGGAGUUUUGUACGGGAAGUACUUGGUUUAUGUGGCGAAGGAGAGCCGUAGGGAGUACGGGAAGGCAAACGCCGUCGUGGAGGUGGCGCUGAGCUCGAUAAAGACGGUGUAUUCGUUCACGGCAGAGAGGAGGGUUUUGGAGAGAUAUGAAGGGAUUUUGGAGAGGACGAUGAGGCUGGGAAUAAGGCAAGGAAUUGCCAAAGGGCUGGCAGUGGGCAGCUCUGGGCUUGCGUUUGCGAUAUGGGGUUUGAUUGCUUGGUAUGGCAGCCACUUGGUCAUGUACAGAGGCGAAAGUGGCGGCAGAAUCUAUGCCGCUGGCAUCUCCUUCAUUUUGGCUGGCCUGUCUCUGGGAGUGGCGCUACCGGAUUUGAAGCAUUUGACAGAAGCCUCAGUCGCAGCUUCGCGAAUAUUCGAUAGGAUCGAUCGGAGUCCAUUAAUCGAUGGAGAGGAGGCGAAAGGGCUUGUUCUUGACAAUCUCCAAGGCCAAAUCGAAUUCCAUCGCGUCACAUUCUCCUAUCCUUCGCGCCCCGAUUCCUUCGUCCUCAAGGAUUUCAGCCUCAAAAUCGAUGCCGGAAAAACCCUCGCCCUCGUCGGCGCCAGCGGCAGCGGCAAGUCCACCGCCGUCGCCCUUCUGCAACGGUUCUACGAUGCCGACGACGGGGUUCUCAAGAUCGACGGCGUCGAUAUCAGGGCGCUACGGCUCAAAUGGAUUAGGGCGAAGAUGGGCCUCGUCAGCCAAGACCACGCGCUGUUUGGAACUUCCAUUAAGGAGAAUAUUUUGUUUGGGAAGCUCGAUGCUUCCAUGGACCACAUUGUGGCUGCCUCCAUGGCUGCCAAUGCUCAUAAUUUCAUUACCCACCUUCCUCAAGGAUAUGAGACCAAGGUUGGGGAAAGAGGCGCACUUCUAUCCGGUGGGCAAAAGCAGCGAAUUGCCAUAGCCAGAGCAAUAAUUAAGAAUCCUGUAAUUCUCCUGCUUGAUGAAGCAACUAGUGCUCUUGACUCUGAAUCUGAAGCAUUGGUCCAAAAUGCACUUGAUCAGGCUUCCAUGGGAAGAACCACUCUGGUAGUUGCACAUAAGCUCUCCACAAUCAGAAAUGCAGACCUUAUAGCUGUUGUAAAUGGUGGUUGUAUAGUUGAAAUUGGUUCCCACAAUGAACUCAUCAACCGAAAAAACGGUCACUAUGCAAAACUAGCAAAACUGCAAAGACUAUCAAGCCAAGAUGAUGUGGAACAAAACGUAGAAAUACAUACCUCUUCAGUUGGAAGAAGCAGUGCCAAAUCAAGCCCAGCAGUCUUUGCAAAGUCCCCACUGACUAUAGAAACCCCUCAAUUAACUUCUCCCAAUCCCCCUUCCUUUACUCGUCUGCUAUCUCUGAACUCUCCAGAAUGGAAGCAAGCUCUCACUGGAAGCUUUUCAGCCAUAGCCUUUGGAGCAGUACAGCCUAUAUAUGCACUUACCAUAGGAGGAAUGAUAUCUGCUUUCUUUGCUCAAAGCCAUUACGAAAUGCAAGCUAGAAUCAGGACGUAUUCCUUGAUAUUCUGCUCACUCACUCUGAUUUCCAUCGUUCUGAACCUUGUUCAACAUUACAAUUUUGCGUAUAUGGGCGAGCAGUUGGCAAAGAGAAUCCGCUUGAGAACUCUUGAGAAGAUCUUGACGUUUGAGAUAGGUUGGUUCGACAAGGAGCAGAAUUCCAGUGGAGCUCUGUGCUCAAGAUUGAGCAAUGAGGCUUAUUUGGUGAAGUCUCUUGUAGCAGAUAGAGUUUCUCUAUUGGUUCAAACCACUUCAGCUGUGACCAUAGCAAUGAUUCUUGGUCUGGCUGUGGCCUGGAAGCUUGCCAUUGUUAUGAUAGCCGUCCAGCCACUCACAAUUCUCUGCUUCUACACAAGGAAAGUCCUCCUCUCAAGCAUUUCCGCAAACUUCGUCAAGGCACAGAACCAAAGCACACAAAUUGCUGUGGAAGCAGUGUAUAACCACAGAAUAGUAACAUCCUUUAGCUGCAUUGGGAAAGUGCUCCAAAUUUUUGACGAAGCUCAGGAGGCACCAAGAAAGGAGGCUAGGAAGAAAUCAUGGUUUGCUGGGAUUGGGAUGGGGUCUGCUCAGUGCCUAACGUUCAUGUCAUGGGCUUUGGAUUUCUGGUUUGGUGGAACCCUUGUGGAGAAAGGCCAGAUAUCUGCAGGGGAUGUGUUCAAGACAUUUUUCAUCUUGGUAAGCACCGGCAAGGUCAUAGCCGAGGCCGGGAGCAUGACGACGGAUUUAGCCAAGGGCUCAGCAGCCGUGGCGUCGGUGUUCGAGAUUCUAGACCGGAAAUCACUCAUUUCCUGCCCAUCAAAGGAUGGGAGAGGGAGGAAGUUGGAGAAGAUAAGGGGGGAUAUAGAGAUGAAGAAGGUGGAUUUCUGGUAUCCAAGUAGGCCAAAUAACAUGGUGCUGCGCCAAUUCAGCUUGGAAGUGAAGUCAGGGAUGAGCGUGGGGCUAGUUGGCAGAAGUGGGUGUGGAAAAUCAACGGUGAUUGGGCUGAUUCUGAGGUUCUACGAUGUGGGGAAGGGAUGGGUAAGGGUGGAUGGUGUGGAUAUCAGAGAGCUGGAUCUUCAAUGCUAUAGGAAGCACGUGGCACUCGUCAGCCAAGAGCCAGUCAUUUAUUCUGGGACUAUACGCGACAAUAUCCUCUUUGGGAAGCUCGACGCCUCCGAGAAUGAGCUUGUCGACGCUGCCAGAGCUGCCAAUGCCCAUGAAUUUAUCUCGUCUUUGAAAGAUGGGUACGAGACAGAAUGUGGGGAAAGAGGAGUGCAACUCUCAGGAGGACAGAAACAAAGAGUAGCAAUAGCCAGAGCCAUAAUUCGAAACCCAACAAUUCUGUUGCUGGAUGAAGCAACCAGUGCUCUGGAUGUUCAAUCAGAGCAGGUUGUGCAACAGGCACUGGAUCGAAUUAUGGUAGGAAGAACCACCCUCGUCGUAGCUCACCGCUUGAACACCAUCAAGAAGCUCGAUUCCAUCGCUUUUGUUGCGGAUGGAAAGGUGGUAGAGCAAGGAUCCUACGCUCAGCUCAAGAAUCAAAGGGGUGCUUUCUUUAAUCUUGCUAACCUCCAAAUUCAGCCCUGACCCUCUCUCUAGAGUUGUGAAUUGGCCUUUAGGAGGCGAGUGAGGCAAUAGGAAUGAGGAAUUAGGAUGUAUGAGCUAGAUUGACCGACAUUGAUCUUCUAAUGUAAUGUGUUAUCCAAAUUUCUGA